ACCUUUUUUUUAAAAAAGCAGGUUUAAACCUAUAAAUAGGGGGACAAAAAAACUGAACAAGGCUGUUAAAGAAAUAUUGCUAAUACAAGACUUCUACCGUUAUGAGGAGCAACAACAUGGACGAGAACUUUUUUCUUGACAUUCCAGAUGCCGCGCUAGAAGCUUUAAAUUUUGAACAAGAUGGAAGUCAAAACCCCCCAAUAGGUUUUCCUGAAAUUACAGACGAAGACUUAUCAAGCGUUAUUCCUCAAGAAGAAAUGUUGAAGGGAAGAGCGCUUAAAGGGGCCAAGAAAUUUCCAUCUGAGGCAGCUGCAGUCGGAAGCAAGGGUAUUAAGCACACCGAUUUUGAACAGCCCUGCACGUCCAAAUCCCUUAUUGCCCAAAGCCCGCAACCUUUAAAGAGGGGCAAAAAAUUUCCCUCUGAGGCAGCUGCAGUCGGAAGCAAGGGUAUUAAGCACACCGAUUUUGAACAGCCCUGUACGUCUAAAUCCCUUAUUGAACAAAGCCAGCCGGCAUUAAAAAAGGCCAAAAAGUCUACCUCUAAAACAGCAUCCGUUCUCAGGGCGGGGGGAAAGGGGCUCAGACACCCCGCUUUUGAACCGCCCAAAGCUACCUCUACAACUUUCAAAAACCUUGGUAAGCGAGGCGGAGGCGGUAAAGCCCCUCGUUUUCAACAGACCUGUGCCUCCCCGACCCAAUCAGCUUUAAAAAUAAACAACUCUGUAGAAGGAACCGUGUCCAGGGGUGGGUUCGAGCAGGGUGAAGAAGUUAACCCCCAAGCUCUCGGAACCCGCAAAACCCUUGCUACAAAUAAUCUUCCUGUGGGGCUGGCCGCAUCAGUUGCUGCUUGUAACGAGCUGUUUAGUGUUUGUUCAUCUUUAAAGCGUUUAAUAGAUAAAAAGUUUUCAAAGCUAAUUCUUGAGGUAUUUCAAAAACAAAAUUUUCCAGAAGAAAGGGUUGUUUUAGACCAAAAAAUAGCAGACACCCGGGCACUAAUUGAAAAGGUGGAAAGCGCGUUAAAGGGGGAAGGAAGAGGGUGACUACACAUGAAACCUAAAAAUGUAAAAAGGGAUUGGAAAAAAAAAUGGAAAAAAUCUAAAAUGUUAAGAAGGCUUUUGGCAAAAAGAAUAAAAAAAGCCAA